CUAUUACAAACCUACCUGGUCUCUAUUUCGGAUCUCUCUCUCACACUCAAGGGCAGGUAUGGAGCCCAAGCCUAACAAAACAGGACUGCUGGCCUUUCUGCUCCCGCUGAUCAUGGGCUGUGAUCAAGCCAGGAGCCUGGGAGGAAGUGAGAUUGUGAAUGUGACUAUUGACCAGGGACACUCCAUUGCCACAUUGGGAGGGAGAGUGCGGUGGGCGGUUAGCAUGACCCCAGCCCCGAGCAAGGGCACCAUCACCUGGAGGCACAAGGGCAGCAUCACAGUGAAAAUUGCAGAGCUCAGGCUGGACGCCAACAAAUCACUUAUCCACCCAGCAACACCAUUUUCGGGAAGGAGUCACGUCUUCCCAGACUACAGCCUGGAGGUCGAGAACCUGACAUCGAAGGACGCGGGAGAAUAUACGGUGACGCUGAGCGAAGGGCCCUGGGAGUUGACAGGAUCCACCCACCUGUUCAUCUUCGAGCCAAUCAGACGGACUGUGAUCCGAACGGAGAAUGCCAUCUUCACCAACCAGAGCUGUGUCGCCUCCUUCAGCUGUUUGACUGAGGGGGGAAGCACAGUGAGUUACACCUGGAGGACAGGGGUCCAGUGGGAGACUGUGUUGGGGUCGAAGGAGCAUCUCCAGGUUUCACUGAAUGGAAGCUCCAACCUGUCAGCUCUGGUGUGCAUCGCCUCGAACCCUGUCAGCUCGCAAAAUGCCACGGUCGACCUGACGACGACUUGUGUAGUCGAAUAUCCAGAGACUGCCCUGCUGAGCUCGGGACCAUUUUCCAUCUCGAUUGUGAGUUUCGGAGGAUGUUUUUUCCUCUUGUUGGCAGCCAGCAUUGUCUAUUGGACACACCGGAGCCGGAGGGGCCGCUGGGUGAACAGAGCCCCAGUGUUAGUUAGUAGCCAGAAGAAGAGGAUGGAGGGACAACAUCAGGAAGACAAAGACCAUGUUCCCCAGGUUGCGACUGAGCAGACUGAGCCCACAGUCCCUCCCGACUCACCCUCCCAGCUCAACGAUGCAGAAACUGACUUCUGUGAAGUCCAAGCCCCGACUCAAACCUCGAACAGUGUGAUGGAGACAGAGGUGUAGCGGGAAGAGUGGAGGAAGGAUGCUGGUAACGGAGGAGGGGAGUGGAGGUGGUGGAAACAGGGGCCAGUUUGAUAGCCCAGAGCAGACUUCGCCCGCUCCGACCUCCCUCAAAACCCGUGGGACCCUCCCCAGGAUCUGGGAACUCAAUGGGACGGACCUAUCCGCGAUUUAAACAGCCAACCGGGACAGUUGGGCAAUAAAUCUCCUGGAUACAAUUCUUCGGGGUCACUCAAAACUCCCAUGGUUUCAGGGGGAACGAAGUGAGGGGACCCACAGUUUUUGGGGGAGGGGCAGUGAAUGAAAGAUUGUUAA